AUGCCAAAGGUGCUAGAUAUGCUGAAAUCAUUAGUCAUGCCAAAGGUGCCAGUCAUACAGAAGGAGUCAAUUAUGUCAAAGGCAUCACUCAUGCAGAAAGCAACAGCCAUGCGGAAAAGAUUUGUCAUAGAGACAUCACCAGUCAUGCCAACUGUGCCAGUCCUGCAAAAUGUGCUAGUUAUGGAGAAGGCAUCAGCCAUUCUGAAGGCACCAGUCAUGCAGAAGGUGCCAGUCAUACAGAAAGGGCCAGUAAUCUCAAAAUGUGCCUAUCUUGCCAAAGGCAUCAAUCACGCAGAAAACAAUAAUCAUGUAAAAGGCUCCCGUCAUACAGAAGCAGUCUGUCAUGCAAGAAGGACCAAUCAUGGAGAAAUCACCAGUCAUGCCAAAGGCUCCAGUCAUCUCACAGAUGCCAGUCAUGCAAAAGGUGCCAAUCAAACCAAAAACACCAAUCAUGCAGAAAGGAGUCAAUUAUGUCAAAGGCAUCACUCAUGCAGAAAGCAACAGUCAUGCUGAAAGGAUUUGUCAUAGAGACUUCACCAGUCAUGUCAAAGGUACUAGUCGUGCAAAAUGUGCUAGUCACGGAGAAGGCAUCGGCCAUGGCACCAGUCAUGAAGAAGGUGCCAGUCAUACAGAAAGGGCCAGUAAUCUCAAAGAUAGCAGUCAUGCAAAAGCAAAAUGUCCCUAUCUUGCCAAAGGCAACAAUCAUGCAGAAGGCUUCCAUCAUACGAAAGGAGCCAGUCAUGCCAGAAGGAUCAAUCAUGAAGAAAUCACUAGUCAUGCCAAAGGCUUCAGUCAUCUCAAAAAUACCAGUCUUGCAAAAGAUGCCAAAAACAUCAAUCAUGCAGAAAGUGACAGUCAUGCAGAAGGCCUCAGUCUUGCCCAAGGCAUCUAUCGUGCAGGAAGGGCCAGUCAUGUUAAAGACACCAAGCAUAGAAAAGGUACAAGUCAUCUCAGUCUAACACUAGGGAUCAGUCAUGGGGAAAUUACCAGUUAUGACAAAGGAGCCAGUCAUGCAGAAGGCAUCAGCCUUGCCAAAAACAUCUGUCAUGCAGAAAGAAAGUCAUGCAAAAGGUGUCGGUCAUGGAGAAACAAUUAG